AUCAAAAUUAGCGAGUGAGCAUAGAGUUGAAUCAUUCCCCUAUUUCACCGAGGUGUGAUAGUUCUUUACUUGAACGAUAGGCUAUUCCUUGCUUAAUUAGUCAAUUAGGAGCAGUUUUUAAUGGCUUCUGCAAAGAUACAGAAGGUAGAACCACCUUCAUGGAAAGACAAUAUGUCGAAGAAAGGUGAAUUUAAACGCCGUGCAUCUGUGUUCCGAAACUGGAUAACUGCCGAUGGCGAAUAUCAGCCCGAGUUGGGACGCUACCAUCUCUAUGUCUCCCUCGCCUGUCCAUGGGCCCACCGCACACUCAUCCUCCGCAAACUAAAAGGACUAGAGGAUGCUAUUGGAGUCACUGUGGUAGACUGGUUUAUGGGAGAUAAAGGGUGGUUUUUCUCUGACGAUAAACCAAAAGCAUCACUCGAUACGGUUAACAAUUGUAAAUAUCUGAGGGAAGUUUAUGAAAUAGCUAGUCCUGACUACUCUGGACGCAUCACAGUGCCGGUCCUAUGGGAUAAGAAAAACAAGACCAUAGUCAACAAUGAGUCUUCAGAAAUUAUACGCAUGCUCAACAAGGAAUUCAAUACCUUCUCUGCCACCAAGGGACAACAAGAAUUAGAUCUGUGCCCUCCAGAUCUGUUGAGAGACAUUGAUGAAGUCAACUCCUGGAUCUACGAGAACAUCAACAACGGCGUUUACCGAUGCGGGUUUGCAACAAGUCAGGAAGCUUACGAUGAAGCUGCCGUCAAGCUCUUUGCCGCCCUUGAUAGAGCCGAAGAAGUGCUGUCUAAAUCCCGAUACCUUUGUGGAGAUCGACUGACAGAAGCCGACAUUCGACUCUUCACAACUCUCGUAAGGUUCGAUACGGUCUACGCCCAUCAUUUCAAGUGCAACAAGAAACGGAUCGUUGAUUACCCGAAUCUUUGGGGUUUCACCAGGGAUAUCUUCCAGAUUCCAGGAGUAAGUGAGACUGUAGAUCAAGAACACAUCCAGAAGCACUAUCAAGUGAGCCAUAAUAGCAUCAACCCACAUCGCAUUGUGGCCAUCGGUCCAGACCUCGACUUCAACAGUCAACAUGGCAGAGAUGUCCAAUUCCAGAAAUAGGUCGAGCGUGUUUUCUCAAAGAUUUAUUGCUACUUCCAUUCUACAGUUUAUCAUUUUUCAAUAAUCAUUUUAGAUUGUUUGCAAUCACAAUAGCUUCAAAAGUGCAGGAAACCAUGUCCAACAGAUUUGUUUUUCUUUAAUAUGCUCUAACAUUGUCAUUGUGAAUGUAAAAAUAUUAGAUUGUGUGCUUAUUAUGAUUUUUUUAUAAAUGUUGCUUAAAGAUAAACUAGUUUGAAUAAGGUAUAUAUUUUAAGACCAUGACAGGUAUAAAUUCCAAUCCUAUAUAAGGAAUCCUUAUACUAGUUUGCAUUGAACCUGUACGUUGAACGCUACUUGCAUAAUCAAUCACAAUGCUGAAACUGUUACCAAAGCAAACUGAUAAGUUUUCUUGUCUGGUUUUUUUUUUUUACUUCUAUAAGGUGAAAAAUGUUGUGGUUCUUUGCGUAUUUUGCAAGUCUGUAUAUACGGUGAAUGUAUUAAGAUAUUUUUGCUUAUAUACGUUUUGUUCCUAGGCCUAAUAUUGUGUAUUGUGUGAUUUGCAUCACCCCAAAUAAGCUGCGGAGAUCGCAGUAUUCACAUAUCCGAUGACUCUGCAUUUUCAAAACUAGAGUGAAUCGUUAUAUUAAACAUGAAUUGGUAUCUCUCUAUCAGAUAAUGUAAACAAAACUUAUUUGUAGUACAUUCCAAUGAUACCACUAUUGUCAAACACUAAGCAAAUGCGCACACAAUGGUAGUAUGUUAUUGGGAGUCUUACAACGGUUACUUCUAUAUUAUUAUUCUAAGAUGAUAUUAUAAGUUUUAAGAGUGUAGCUGACAAAUUAAAUAACACAGUAUGAAACUUAAAUAGGUUGCACAUUGUCUUAUGUCAAGUGGUUUUAGUAUUGAAGUGAUAACACAUACAUUAAAAGAUCAUGCCAUUCUCUCAUUUGUUGAAAAUAUUCAAAAGCAAAUUAAACCCUAUUUUUAGAACUUUGUUUUUUUAGCGAGAGAACUUAAUAUCUAUUCAUUUACGUAUAUAUCUAUUUAUUUAUUCAUUUAGUUAGUAAAUUGGUUACAGUUAGUUAGUUAUUCAUUCAAUUAUUGAUUCAUUCAUUCAAUUUUCAUUCGUUCAUUUAUUUAGUUAUUUGCAUAUGGAUACACACACACACAUCGUUAUGUUUAACUAACACUACACUACCACCCCCCUCCCCUCCCCCCCCCCCCCCCCUCUCUCUCUCUCUCUCAUUCCAUCUAAUGCUCAUCAUGUUAUCUCCUAUCGCUUCUACCUCAAUGUUUUCUUCGAUCUCAAUUUCUCUUAAAUAUCUUCACUGGUCAAUUUACUAUAAGGUUUUUACGGUUCACCCCCCCCCCUCACACAUACACACACACACACACUCACGUCACCCACCCACAAUCCACAUACACAAAUAUACAUCCUCGAUAUCUGUCUAUCUCCCUGUCUCUCCCUCUCCAUCCCGUCUCUAAUGGUUUACAUUCAUAAUAAAUGUAUACAUGUACAUUUCGACUAAUCGUGUGUCAUUAAUGAUCUCUCUUUCUCUCUGUCUGUCUGUCUGUCUCUCUCUCUCUAACAUACAAAUACACACCCUCACACGACGAUUACUCAAACCCAUACUUUCUAUUGUGACACCCGUAUUCACUUAACUUAUUUUAGCUAAUAAGUCAAAUAAAAAACAAACAGGAAAGUUCAUCAUGAAAUGUUAUUCUUUGGUAUAUAUUCUAUUAAAUGCUUCUGUCAUAAUACUUUGCAA